GAUAUACACAACGCAUAUUCGUAUCUCUUCUUUACUGUUUAAUUUAAAGUAUUUUACUGAUUAAUAAUUGUUGUUAUAAUAUGCCAUUAACUUAAAUAUGAAGUUUUUGUAAUCAUAUAGUACCCAACAGUGAAAGCGUAUCGUUUUUAGGUUAUGUUUCCAUCUUUCAUUGGUAUUUUAGAUAUUCAGUCAUGGUGGGAAGUGCCCAGCAUCGCGUACUUUUGUUCUUUAUUCAGAACUGCAUUCAACCUUUUGGAUUUUGACAUUGAAGAACUAGAAGAAGCUCUAUUAACUGAUGGCACGGAAGAGUCCGCCAGUUCUCUCUUGACUGAGUUAAUAGUUCGUCUUUUGAAUGGCUGUUUGGGCAACAAUGACAUCUCUGCCUUUAAUUAUCAGAUGUACCUAAGGCGAUUAUUUAGAAGAAAAUGUACGGAUACAGGGAGAUAUAACCCAUUCAACACAGACAUUGAUUUCCAGUUUUUGCCCUUGCGUACCAAAGUAGAGAUCUUAUAUGCUCUAUGUGACUUCCGACUCGAUGCAGAUGAUGUUUUUGAUUUGUUUAAAAACCUUGAAGCUGAAAGCUUGAGAGUCGAGCCACUUGGUUGGGAUGACAAUUAUUCGGCGUAUUGGUAUUUCUAUGGCACUAGAUUAUACAGAGAAGACAUAAUAAAAAAACCAAAAGGUAAAAAUAAGAAGAAAAAGAAUAAAGAAAAUAAGAAGCGAGGCUGGUUUUAUGGUGAUGAUUGGCUCGAUGACGAGGACACAGAGCGAGUGUGGCAAGUGGUUUGUUUUACUGAGGAAGAUUGGACCCACCUGACAGAGAAGUUCAGCAAGGCGACUAGCAAAGUUGAGAAGGAACUGUACCGCUCCUUAUCACAGAACUUCUUGCCUGAAAUACCGAGGCUCUUUCAGGAGAAGGAACGGCUACAACGGAAACGGUUGUUAGAGCUAGCGCCUAGAAGAACAUCGAGUCGUGUUUUGCAAAAAAUUAAACAAAAGGAGGAAGAAACAAAACAAACUCCGCAUGACGUCAAGGAAGAGGAGGAAAGGAAAGAAACACCUGAUCUUGCGCGGGAGAAUCGAGCGAAGCGGAGGAAUUUGUUGAGAUCAAAAUCGGUAUCGUCGGAUUCUUCUGACAGUUCGUCGAGCACAAAAGAAGAGAUGCCACAGAAGGUAACGAAGUCGUCGAAAAGCCAUGACAAGCGGUCAAACAACUCGUCUGCCACACAUAAAGGCGAACCUCCACCAGAGCCGCUCAUAAAAACUGGAAGAAAAACUAACAACUCCCUGGCUUCCGCUACAGGACAGAUUGUAAUACCUGACAAUGACGAACCCGUUAGCAGUACAAGAAAGAAACUCAAGACAUCACAAAUAUUUAGUCAAACAGACGAAGAUAUCCAGACUGACAUGUAUAAAGUUCUGAAACAAUUGACGACUCAUGACGACGCCUGGCCUUUUAUGGACCCCGUGGAAGAAGAAUAUGCGCCUAACUAUUACGCGGUUAUUCGCCGACCAAUGGAUUUGCGUAAAAUGGAGGAACGCCUCGAUAGCGGCUAUUACACAGACUUUUCUAUGUUCAAGGCUGAUUUUAAGCUUAUUGUCAACAAUUGUCGCCUGUAUAAUGGCCAAGAUAAUGAAUACACUGUGAUGGUAGAUAAUUUACAAACUGCAUUUGAUCGACUGACUGAAAAGUACAUACAUAGACUUUCAUCAUCUGAUGAAGAAAUUGCGGUCGAAUAUCAGUUACCAACUCCAUCAAGAAAACACAAACUAAAAUCGAAUGAAUCUCCAAGUCAUCAUAAGAGAAAAAAACGAAAGUCUCAAUCGGAAGGAGGAGAACCGAAAUCCAGUUCAUCAGAUAUAGUACAAGAAGAGAAACCUGAAGAGGAAGUCACUGAACCAGAGACAAAGAAAGUCAAAGAAUCUCAUAAAAAUAAACAAAGUAAGGGCAAGAAGAAACGCAAAGGACAUCAUCGGCAUGGCAAACAUUCCAAAAAUCAUAGGAAAGAUUCUCAUAAAUCUGAUCACUCAGAUUCGAAAACGAGGCACAGCAAGAAACAGAAACAUGGUAAAAACAAGGACAAGGAUGGUAAGAAGUCCAAACAGAAGAAGAAAAAGAGCAAACAUCACGAGCCUGAAGCUAGCGAAUCUAUGAAACGUAGCGCCUCCCAGGAGUCGUUAGAGAGUUCCAACAGAAGCAGGAGCGCCAGCCCAUUGCCAUCCAUUCACACGCCAUCACCUUCACCCACGGAACUGGAUCAAUCAGAACCCCCAGAUCAACUGAAUGAUCCAGAUUUCGUCAAAGAUAAAUACGAUAAAAUAAAAGAAAGAAGACGACAUGCCGCUAAAGAUGCAUGGGAAUCACUUUUUGAUUACAAACAAAAAACUGUUGACAAACAAAAACAAAAUCUUCAUAUACCUGAAAAAGAAAAGAAUCAAAAGCUAAGAGAAACAAUUGAAAAACUAAAAGCAAAAAGUGAAAAGUAUAAAGAGGGAUCACUGUUCAAUACUUUGUUCUCUUCGAGUCAAAGUAAUUUGGAAAUGUCUGAAUCAAGUAAUACAAACGAUUUUACUAUCAAAGAUUCUGAAGAUGAAUCGAUUGAAAAUCAAAAGACAAAAACAGCGCCUAAAAAGGGUUGUAAGAAAAAUUCAGCCAAAAACGAGUCUGCCUCUGAGGCAUUGGAGCAAGCUGUGAAAGACAUUAGCAAAUGGCUCGAUGAUGCUCCCAAGGGAUCUAAUGUGAGUUCGCCUUGCGACAGUCCGGCUCAAACCAUUUCUACAGAAGAACACGAUAACAGUCGCCUAGACGAUGAACUUUCUCAAGGAGAGAAGCCUCUGCUUACCAGAAAAGAAUUGUCUAGAAAACGACCUUCAUCACGUGAGCCUAAGCUGCUGAAGAGAAGAGAAAUUCAAAGAACUAUCGAAAGAUUACAGCCUGGAAAAAGUAAAGGUAAUCUACUCACUAAUUUGAGUAAUAAAAACACAGAGAAAACAGAGGAUGUUCAGCCAGUGGGUCCUCAGAACAAAGUACGCGAUGCUCAAAAACCAGAGGAGUCUAGCCCUAAACUCAGUCUCGGCUCCGUCUUACCAGCUGUGGAGUUCGCGCUAGGCAAUGAUCAUAACUUCGGGAACAGUGAAGAAAAUAAAAGUGAGGAGCAAAAAGAAAAUAUUAAAACCACGGAAAUUCAAAAAGAGGAGAAAACUGAACAAGCUGCCACAGAUAAAAAACCAGAGGAAGUUGCUGUCCAGCCAAACAAAAAGGAUGCUGAAGUGGAAACUGAACCACAGAUUAUUACUAAGCCGAAUCAAGAGAAGGCUACUCCCAACCUGAGCGCGUGGUUCAAAGCUUUUGGUGCCCCUAAAAGUACUGGCCCUACUACAGCUAAAAAGAAACCUGAUGAAGUUGAUUCUGAAGAAAAAGCACCUGAACCUGUGAGCACAGAAGCUAAAGUUAGCAGUCCUAAGAAUCCACCUAAAUAUGACUCUCCUACAGGGCCCGAUACACCUAACCCUGAAGGUGGGGAUAGUCCAUUACCGGUGAGCAAUACGCCGAGGCAAAGAAGAACUAGCACUGGCAGUUCCGUGUCGGAGAGAUCAUCAUUCAGUCAAGAUCUAGAUUCGCCGCGACAUCAAAUGUCGCAUACAUCUCCACUGUUGCGCUCGCCAGCGUCUCCGAGGACGGAUGAUUUCCAAAAGAUUACAUAUCCUAUAAUAAACGGCACUGUCAGGGCUGGAUUUUAUCAAGAUACAACAUCUAUUAAAAGUAGUCCCGAGAAGAGCUGCAGUCCGCGCGAGGCACCACAGUCUCCAUAUUCACCUUAUUCUCAACAUGUUUAUGCCUCAAACAAUAUAACGGGGCCUGCAACGCCCAACUAUUUCGUAGAUCACAACAAGAGCCCGCUUCCCGCCUAUAAUCAGAAUCCGCCGCCAUAUUUUGACAAUGCAAAAACUCCUGCAGCAAAUAAAACUACUCGGGAAGAUUUCACCCCGUUGCCUCAAGACUCAUAUCAACAAAGUCAGUAUACAGGUCCAUUUUCGCCAGCUUAUACGCCGUACUCACAAAACUCAGCAAAUUAUCCACAAGGUCAGAAUCCGCCUCAAACUUCAAUACCAAACAGUUCUGCUUCUACCAAUCCGACGCAAAUGAUGGCUGAACUCAAAACUGCUCUGUUUCCUGUUAAAAAACGGACUUACAAUGAACCUGAGCAUGCUUCGAUUCCGAUACUGAAAGAUAACAAGGAAGCUCCAAGCGCAGCACCUAAAGCUGAUUAUCAGAAAAUGUCAUCGUCGCUACAUUCAAUGGCGCCGACGUCAGUAGACGAUAUAGCUUUGGCGUUAAGUGAAAAGUCCGAACUUGCCAAAAUGAACUCGCUACGUGAGAAAGCUUCCAUGGAAUAUACCAAUGAAAGCAGGGAUGUCAAAUAUGAAAUGAAUGAAUCAAUACAAAACAACAAAAGUACUGUUAAUGCCGACAUGGAGAAGCCAAUUUGCAUUAUGAAGAAAGAUAAUGUUGAUAUGGUUAAUAUGGGCUAUUUAAAUCCAGAAAUUGAUCGAAGAAGUAAUAACGAAACACAUGCUCACGAAGUUGAUUAUUUGCCACGAGACAUAUCUAAAUCGAAUAUUAACUCACAGCAAAAGAGUUAUGAUGUCGACACUAUUGCUAUGAAUUUGGGAUUGAACAGCCAACAUCUACAAAAGAGUAUGUCUAAGGCGAACAUGAAUUCAGGCAACAUACCGCCGGCUCACAGUCAACCUCAUAAUGAUAUGAGCUUGAAUCAGAAUAUUAUUCACGCACAUCACAACCAAUAUGAAAGUAUUACAAGCGGUCAAAACGUAAGUAACUUUUCAAUAAGCGACAUAGACCUGGCUAACAAGAAAUUGUAUUCUUGUAAUACUACCCCUUCAUCAACGGCACUGGAUUAUGGAAAUUGGAAAAUGGGUAAUCACAUGCGCAAACAAGACUUAUUACCUUCCGAUUACUCCACGCCUUAUAGUGCUAACAAUGUUGAAAAAUUGAAGAAUGAAAUGAGCGCAAUAAGUGCUAAUACAAUCGCUUACAACAAAAGUCUUCAGCAUCAACAGUACAAUUCAUAUAAUGUUGCCAGACCGACGUUACAGCGAGCUCAGGAGCUGCAGCAGAAUCUUCCAGGUGAAUUAAGAAUACCCAACCCAAGAGGUCUUCUUAAGAAUGAUCACAUGACUACUACUUCCUCAAUAAGUGAUACUGAUGUAAUUGCCAAAAAUAUAGACACACUUGCCAAAUCUCAAAAAACUGAUAAACAUGUACAAAAUCAUCCAUUAGUAAGUUCAAACUUAUAUAAAACACCGUAUAGUAAUCCGACUUCGCUUCCAAUAGAUACUUUACGCAACUUACCCAAUAUUCCGCAAAUGCUGGAACGAUACACCAACGACGAGAGGUAUUUGUCCAGCUUUGCCAGUAGCCAAGCAGCUUCGCUAUAUCACGAUAAAUCAUUUCAAAUGGCGCAAAUGUUUAACAAAAGCAUUUCUUCGGAAAUACAUCCUGUCAGCACAUCCGUCAGUAUUUAUUCUCAGCCAUCCAUGUCUAUGAGUAAGGAUAACAGUAUUUAUAAGACAACCAGUGCAGCAACUUCACAAGUAGACAUGAAGGCGAAGAAUAAAAGAAAGAGAACAUCUGACGCUAAACAAACCACUCAGAUCAGUCAAGCAUACCACCCCAGCUCAUGCGGCACCGAUGUCUUGUCUUCUGUCAAAUCUAGUAUGAUGCCUGGCAAUGCAUUCAAUUUCGGAACUUCAACAAACAUGGCUCUGAGUAGCGGACUGUACGGAGAUAAUGGCAGCUUUACAAUAGAGGAUUUCCGCAACAGCACCGCUAAUCAGCUUAUGGCAGCCAACUACAUGGUUGCAGCAGUUGCUCAUCAGCAGCGUAAUAAUGCCGAAGCGAAUGCAGAAAAAUUGGUGAAACCAGCCCAUCAGAACUCGACGCACACUGCAAGCACUUUCCCCUUCAUUGGGCAUUCGCAAGUGCGGGCUGGUUAUCCCUUCGUUGGCACAGAUCCCACAUCGCCUUUAUACCAGCAAUAUCUACAGCGUCAUCAAGAAGAGUUGCUGCGGCAAACUGGUGCCCAGAUCAUGAGCUUGUAUCCCGGAGGCUACCCUCCGACCCUCGGCGUCAGACAACCGUACGAUAUCAAUCGACCCUCGUGGCUCUAAACACAAGUUGACCGAAGAAUAGCUUCAGUACAUGGAAUCCUUAAUAAAUAAUCAUAUUUGUGACUAUUGUUAUAGGAAAUUGUAAUUUAUAUUGUUUGUAGAUUUAAUGUAGAAUUUUGUGAAGAUAUUUUAUGAUGAUUUCUUAUUUACAUUAUUGUAAUGGCAAUGUUUAUUUUAUAUCAUGACAAGUUAAUCUUUAAUAUACUAUUAUUAAACUUAUUUCAUAAUAGUAUUGACAUAGCCUGUGAUGACUGGACGAGAGACUGCUUCUUGUAACGGUGUCAAGUAACGAUAUAGAGAAGUAUCCCCAUGUCUUACCGAUAUGUUGUUAUUAUUAACAGCCCGUAGUUGCCUAGGCUAUUUCCUCAACGUUUAUAUGUUAUCCAUAUGGAAUAGAAUGCGCUUUAUUAGUACAAUUAUUGUAUUGCCCAUUCCAUAUAUACUCAAAUAUAUUUUAUUGAAUAGUAAAAUGUUAAAAUUUAUAGUACAUGAUAUCUAUUAUAUUAAAUGGUUAUUAAUUAAAAAAGAAGCAGUCUUUGCAAUAUCACUAGGUAUUUUAUACUCAUAUAAAUAAUAUUUUAAUGUUAACAUUAUUUAAUAAUAUUAAUUAAUAACAAUGCUUUUUAAGCUUUUUAGCUUUAAUUUUACUGAACAUUAUUACCAUUUUAUAAGGUCACACGAAAUAAUAUUUGUUAUUAUAUAAAUUUAAAUUUUACGUUAUAUUACUUAAUUUAGAUUGUUGUGUAAAUAUUUCACUAUUUUAUUUACGAUCAACGUUUCUUAGCAAUUAUAAGUUUUUUCGUUAAGAUUUAAUUUAGUUGAUAAAAUAAAAUUCAUGAACUUAGUAUUAAAAAAAAUCAUAUAAGAAUUAUUGAAAACAAUUCUUCUUGUGUAAAAAUAAAGAUUUUGAAAAUAA